AUGGGACACAAACACUCAAGAACAACCGAAGCUUCUUCAACCUCUAACUUGCCUCCACAAGAACCCAUCUCUUCUCAAACCCAACCUCCUUCUCAAGCCCAACCUCCACAACAACAACCUGCAGAAACAAUAACUCCACACUAUUACUAUGUGGUCGAGGCAAAAGAUAAUGAAUUUCUGGAAGAUCAAGCAGCAAGCGCCUCCUUCAGUAUGUCGAUUUGUCUCUCCUUGUUGUUCAGUUUGUUGGGUUGCUUCUUGAUGAGUUGUUUUCCUUUUUGGUUUACCUAUCUCAAUUAUCGAGAUUCACCAAGUCAGAAAGCCAAACGAAUUGCGCGAAUUUCUCAAGGAACAUGUUGGAUUAUCACUUUGCUGAACGUCUUGUUUUUAUCGUUGGGUUUAGCUGCUGCAAUUAUUGUCCCUCCAGUAGUCGCUUAUGCUUAA